UAACAAGUGCGUGGCGUGGGUGAAGCCAAUCAUUCUUCAAUUUUCUGCAUUCGUGUAAGGGUCAGCUGUGCUUAGGCCCACCAACAUAUGGAAAUAUUACAACCGGGUUCUCUCAGUGUUCGGUAAAAUGGCAAGCAAUGACAUAUCGCUGACUCCAAGCGAUGUUUCCCACCAAACAGUCCCACGCAUCGCGAAACCACCAAACUACAAUGAGGGGGGCAGCGAAGAGGAGGAAGACGACUUCGAUGAGCCCCGACCACCACCCGAUGAGCAUCCUUCAACCACGGCAGGUCAUCAACGUACAACAGAAUCAGCGAAACAAAUCGACGCUAAUGAAGGCGUUGUAAAUGGAGACGGAAUCGAAAGUUCUGCUCGAGCUGUCGACAACGCCGUCCAUCUCGACAACGAUACCAUUCGUGACGGCGAUGGGGACAAGAAACAUCCUCCAGGGAAGAAAACGAAGAAGGGAGAAGAAGUUGUUGAGGGAGAAAAGGUCGUAAGGAAUGAUGGCGGGGAAGGGGAAAAGAAGGGUGCGAGGAAGGGAGGUGAUAAGUCACGUGAUUGUCAAGACCCAUUGAAUAAAGAGGGAGAGAAGAGCAAAGACAUGUGCGAUGGCGACUUCGACUCCGACAAUGUGACCGAGCUCGUCGACCGCGUGGAGAGCGCCGUCGAUUCGAUGUCGAAGGAUGAACCGGAGGCUUUCGAUGGCCUUGUCGCCAUCCUUAGGGUUCUCCUUCCGAAGACACUUUUCAUGGCCGACGAAGUUAAGAUGUUACGAGAUAGCAAGAAGGAUCUGCUUGUUCGUUAUCGUACUCUGGCGAAGGAAAACCAACAAGCUCGACUGGAAGCUGAGCAAAGGACCAUCGUCGAGACGAAGUCUGUAGGUACGACUGUAAAAAACGACGAGAAAAAUGCAAAUUGCGAAAACUGCACUGAGGGAAAACCAGAGGGUGAAGAUCCCAACAAACAGAAACAGCAGGAGAUAGAAGCUCUUAAGAAAGAUUUCAAGAAGCUUCGAAUGCAAUGCAAAGAGCUUCAGCACGUCAACCUCUCUUGGGAGAAAUACAGCACCAAGAAAUCGAGUCGACACGCGGCAGAGAUCAGAAAGAUGACCGAAAAGCUUGCUACCAGUGAUGAGAAAGCCAGGAAACUGGAAAAAAGACUUGAGGAAAAGUUCCGCAAGUACGAUCAGACCUUGAUGGAGAUGAAACACUCUGAGGAACGUCACAAGCUCGUUGCUUCUGAAUAUAAGAAAGAACGUGACGUCUUGCGGAUGAAGUACGAUGAACUGAAACGGCAGGUGAAGGAACAAGAAGAGGAGAUUAAACGACUCAAUGAGGUCAUUGCGCGCAAGGGCACGGCCAAGUUGUAUCUGAAGCCUGCAGCACUAGUCGUUACCCAACAAGCUCAUAUCGACGAGAAGUACAACAACGUACCGCGUAGAAAACCCGAACGCACCGAGAAGCAAGGCACCGCUACCGCAGCGGCUUCGGCGGCCAAAGCGGUUGAACCGCCAGCUCACCGCGAGAAGGGCAAGGCGAAGGAUAGCAAGCCGCAGAAAACCAAGCCGGUAUCUCCUCCUCUCUCGCCGCGUGGUCCCCCCGGCUACAUGAAUGCCAGCAGCCCGAUGAGCCUGACCCGUGAUGAACUGAAGGAUCAAGUUGUUCUCUACAAGGAGCAAAUCGAUGUUUUCCGAGCUGAUUUCAACCAAGAGAGGCAUGACAGAGAGAAGGCGGUUGGGCAGGUCGAUUCUCUGAAGAAAGAGCUGGAGAAAACCAAGAAAAAAGUCAAGGAAAUGCAAAGGCAACGGAUGCAGGAGGAGCACGACCUCUACGUUGCAGCCCGGGUAGGAGGUCACGCUCUCUUUCUCCCAGAAGACACCCAGGAGAUGAGAUUGAGAGAGAUCAAGCAGCAAGCGCACGGGAAGCGUACGAGCACGGCACAUGGGAGAAAGUACGUCGAGGACAACCUUGAAGGUACCCUGGACUUGCCUGAGAAUCAUCUUUACGCAGAGAUUAAUUAAGACCUUUAUCGCAGGAGGUCGGGAAGGAGAAUACAUCAAGAGGAGCUUUCCUACAAGAUUAACCAAUCAGCUAGCUAUGUUUUAACACGUGAUUAUGAUCAUUCAUUCUGGUGCGGUGGCAGUUAUUCAGAUGUCUGCGUUUGCGGUUUUGUCACUUUAGAAGACGACGUUCUGAGCCCGUUCUACAUCUCCACGCUCCAAAUGCUGUAUAAAAGCAAGAGUUCUGACGCAGUGAACUUUUCGUAUAUACAUUACACACAUUAUUGUAUGGGAAGUAGGUCAUACCAGAAUAUUGCACGCAUGAGAAUGUUCGAUACAAAAUGUGUAUUUCAGAACGGUUUUGUUCUUUCUCUUCAUAUUACAUCUUUAAAAACUACGAUAGAAAUGUUAUUUGAUAUGUUUAAACGUUCAGUUUUAUAACACUGACUGUAUAUUAUUUACUUCAAAUGCUUCAAGUAUUUAUGAUUGAUAAUCUAUUUUUGUAAUUCUUUUGGUUUAAGGAUGAGAAUAAGUAUGUAAAUAAGUCUUUUUUGAUGUUUAGCUUUUGAACAUAGUUAUAGUAAUGUAGGCGAACUAACAUCAUUUUAUAAUUUAAAAGGCCUAUAUAUAAUGAAGGUCUAAUCUGUAUUGAUAUAUACAUGUUUACAAUUUUGACAUUUAACAAUUUAGAGAAAAGCGUAAUAACUAUAAUUUCGAUCAUCAAACGCAGUUUACGUGACGUAAUUUUCUUGAAUUGUUGUCUUAUCUUAUCGGUUUUUACGCAUUUGACAUGUGUUGAUCUUAUUGCAUUUAAAGGAAAAUUGUAAAAAAAAAAAAUCUCCUUCGUAGCUACAUUCGUUUUCUUUUUCGGUGUUAGACCAUUGGGGUUUACCGUAUCUUUCUAAUUAAGUUGUAAUCGUCAUAAAUAAUCAGCUUGUUGUAUAUUUGGAAUUUUCUGAAAUAAACUUUAGAUUCUGGGGUAUCGCCUAACGCCGGUGUAGUUGUUUAUAUUUAUGUAUAGUGCGUGCUGUGUUAUAUAAUGCCGUGGGUGAUGCAGUUUUUGCAAGAUUAAAAAGACAAAACAACAACAACAACAACAAAACUUGAUGAACACCAUGGUUUAGUGUUUCAUGUCUACAACAUGUAUGGUCAUGAUAAACUUGGAUAAACUUGUUGGGAUGAUGUUUGGACAAACAGAGAGGAAUCAAUAGAAAUGACUUUCAGGAGGGGGAAACUGAAGAAAAAGACAUAAAACUAGAAGAAAAUGAAUUAAAGGAAGAUGAAGAACAAGUUUAUUUGAUAUGUUUCUCGCCCGUAGAUCAAAUAAGAAAAACAAAAAUCAAACAGAAGAUAUUUAAUUUAUAAGAAUAAACAAGCAAAGUAUCAGUUCAUUUUAUUUCUUUGCGGCCAGUGCAUUUAUAUCGUCAAAUCUGUGCCAUUGCACGAGUAUUAUUAUAACCAACGAAAGAAAACGGAUUUUAUUUCGUUAAGUUGUUCGUUUUGAGCAGAUCGUCUUGCUUAUAAGUAAAAUCUAUCAUAGUCUUACUAUCAAUUCUGUGUUUUAUGCUUUAACUGGAUGUGAUUGCCUUUUUGGUUGCAGUGUCAAUUUAUGACAAUAAAAUCUUUGCCUA